AUGCGAAAUCCAUCAUCAGACGCUACGCAGGUGGAGCCUGCCUCUCCGAGCAAUGAGCUACUGAGACGCCCUUCGAACUCGAACAACAGCGACGAAGAAACCCAGGAUUCGGCCAAAGUGAAGGAAGACUUUGUGUCCUUCCCCACAAUUGCAGACCCCGAGGAUACGGACGAGAAGUCGUUUUCGGGACUCAUUUCCAAAACGUUGCGCAAAGUAACCACGAAUGCCACCAAACUAGUCGAGAACUACUCGGGUCAUUUUGACUAUCCAAAGCCGCCCAACAACGAGGCGGCCAACAACAACAAUAGUCACAGUCCUCGUGAAGCAGCGCGUCCUGCUGGAAGGACCGACAGCGCAGACGUCGCUUCGAUAAGCCGGGACUCGACCCACGUCAAGGCCAACUCCAUCUUGAGCAGCAAGGCCUCGGUUUCCAACUUUAAUAACCCCAUCCUUGCAGACUUGAUAGAUGUCGACUCCGUGUUGCCCAAGCACAUCUCGACAGAGGGCAUGAACUUGUUGCCUCCAGCACCGAGUGAGGUCAAUAAAUUGGACAAUUCAAAUGUGAGGACCGCCCAAAUGGUCGACAGCUCGACCCGGUCCGUGAAUAAUAAGGAGAGGCCAGAAAAGCAUUUCCCAGCUCAAGAACUGCAAUUGCGCCCGUUGCUUCAAGACCCGAUGGUCUCGCGCUCACCCCAAAUAACAUCAUCUUCAGCAGCAGCUGCAGGAGGAGCAGGAGCAGGUGCAGGAGCAACGGGAGCAGGUGCAACAGGAGCAACGGGAGCAACAGCAGGAAAGAAUUCUCGACCCCUGCUACUUGCAACGGACCUCAGUAGUGGAUCGGUGAAUGUCAACAAACUUCGCAAGGUGGCCUCCAACUCCAGUGGACCAAAAGUGACUUCUGAUAGCAAGAGUCUACGACUAUCAACCUUACAGUUUCCGCGAGCUCACCAUUCCAUAAACCCAAGCGCGACAAACUCAAUGGUCAAUGUCAAUGCCCAAGCCAGCUCCACAGACCUAACUGCAGGCACUUCCAGCUCAAAACGGCUACAGAGCGAAAAGGAUCGCAUCCAUUCAAGCUCCAAUGCAAAGGAAAAUUCUUUAAAAAAGAAAAUGUCAACCAUAUUCAACAACUUGCCCAAUGAUAUCGAGUUGUCCGAUGACUCGGCUUCAGACCUGGAUACCACCGAGAGCACUCACCAUGAACGAAUAGAAAACAGUUUGAGCCAGCCAUUUAGUAAAAAAAUCACAUUGGCAGAGGCAGGAGCAGCAGCAGCAGCAAUACCCCUGAGCCCCAGAACUAGCGUUCACCAGCUCCAAUUCGACCUCGGUUCUCGCUACAGCGACUCUAUUGCAAAACUGUCACCGAUCAAAGCCGAGAGCAAGACAAAAGCAACGUUCACAACCCAUUUCGGCGACUCGCCCACUAUUUCUUCCUUCCAAGCCCUUCAAAGCAAGGAUCACAACAAGUCAAAGAAACGCUCUUCCACUUUUUCAUCGAUAUUGCUAGAUAACGCAAAGACGAUAAUCAAUCAAAAUAUUGGCGCGGUUGCCUCGUCGGCCUCAUCGAUUGUCGGUAAGAAGAAGAAAAAGUAUAAACCGAAAAAGAUUUCUGAAAACCCACUCAAAAAUGGUGGUAUACCCAAGAAAUAUUGGAUGGAUGACGCUUUUGUAUCGGAUUGCUUAAACUGUUUUAAACCGUUCACGGCGUUUAGAAGGAAGCACCAUUGUAGAUUUUGCGGUCAUAUUUUUUGUUCAGACUGCAUGCUAUUCAUUUCAUAUACACAGCACAAGGAAGAACGGAAUAACAUCAUUGAGAAAAGGAGACCCUACAAUGACAAGUUGCGGGUCUGCAAACCUUGCUACAGUGACGUCAUUAUCUAUCUCAGUGACGAGUCAUCUGGAUCGGAGGCCGACGACGAUAGCGAUGUCGUGAAUGAGGAGUACCAGGGGAGCCUGGAGAUUCAAAAGGGAACCGAUCUCUUGGUUCCCAAUCAUCCAUUGUCCAGGAUACGAUCUUUGUCGACAAACUCGGUUAGGGGAAGCUUGCAUGGAGGUGAUCUGGGCAACACGACUCAAAGCAGUGACCAUAGAAACGACGCUGGCUCUUCGAGAGCGUCGAACUCGCCUUCCCGGUCAAAUAGUCAAUUCAUAUAUCCAGACGAGUCGAUCAAAUCCAACCCGAAGCAAGCGCCGCGGAUGGCGAUCCCCACGACUCGUGCAGGCGAGUCCGUUGAAAUUCCUUUAGUUCGGCAUUCCUUGUCAAGUAUGAACAUCUUUAGAAAUACAACAAAGACUCAUGGAGGCAGUUUCAAACAACAACUUGAGUCAUUCCCAUCCAAGAAUAACUUGCAAGCCCCUCAUUUGAAUCAAUUGACGGCAAAUCCCGUCCACCACAGCCACCACCAUCACAACCACCAAAACCACAAUCACCAUAACCUUCUCCAUCACAACCACAACCACAAUCAAACGUCGUAUCCGUCGCGGCAAAACCAACCUAGUCAAUUUUUCUCGCAUACUCCAUUCGGUGCAACUUCGACAAAUCAAGCGCGGUUGAGUAGUCUGGGGGCCAACAGCUCGGAUGCACCAGUAAGCCGAAGCUACGAGAACCCCGGAGUAGCAUACAACAACUUUGUUUCGCGAAAGCCUUCUCUCAAGCUGAGACUUCAGUCCGAAUCAAAGAAACUCGAGAGCUUUGAAUCAUCAGAUGAGGAAACCUCUCGAGUUUUCAUGGAAUCGGAGAGCUUUGACAGCGACAGCGAAGAAGAGCUAGACCAUCGCUUGCGGAAAACUUACAGCGAGGAAGAAGAUGAGCAUGCAAUGUCCCUAUAUGCCUCGCUCAACGACCUGCAAAAAUACGGAUCAACCCCGCAUGCGGCAAACUCGAGCCACAUCUUUGGCAGCUCUUCAUCUUCUGUUCCCACCUUGAGGGAGUUUCCGUUGAUCAAGACAUUUUUCGGAGAAGGGGUCAAUCAGCUAUAUGCAGAUAUUGCAAAUUCUACCAACGUCAAUUUUGCAGAGUCUCAGAGACACCCGGAGAGUGUGCGUUCUAGAGCACGGGCAAAUGCAUCUCUUCAAAGAAUGAGGUCAAGGAGGAAGAGCAAGCCUGCAAAGAGCGGGCUGGCGUUGACCAACAACACCCGCUUGCAGAGCCUAGAAUCACCAAGUCCUCGUCAUCAUAACAGCAACCACCAAAACCAAAGUCAACAAAACCAAAACCAACAAAACCAACAAAACCAAAGCCAAAGCCAAAAUCAAAGCCAACAACAGCAGCAAUUUUCAAGUUAUUUGAGUCCAAUCUCGUCUCCUACGUCUCCCAAGUUGGAAAAUUCAAACCGCUCCAACUUGACAAGUGCAAUAACAAGCGCAGAUAUCCAUUCUGAUGCCGUCAGUAAUCUGUCGAACCCAAAUUGCUCGGAAAUGCUCUCGCUUGGACCCAGAGUGUCCACGAGCACAAUGUUGGGCUCGAAAAAUAACAACAACAAUGCUAAUAACAACACCGAUUAUUUUGCUUACGACCAGGACGAUAGCCCAGUCAGGCAGGACACCACCGACCAUGUGCUUGAUCAGAAAAGCGUUGAAGUUGGUCAUCAAAGUGCAUUGCUAUACGAAAACUAUCUUGCCAAAGUGUUGAGGCAAACGUUGCAAGAUUGCAACAUCACUGCCGAUUUUGGUUUAUGGAUGGCAACUCUUGUCGAAGUCUUGAAAAGCGUCGACUCGAUCGAGUUGACCGAUACGCUAGACAUCAAGCAAUAUGUCAAGAUCAAAAGGAUUUGCGGUGGGAAAAUUGAGCAGACCAACAUUGUAGAUGGUUUGUUUAUGACAAAAAAUGUCGACACCAAGAGAAUGGCCAACACCAUAGAUAAUCCUCGGAUUGCGUUGCUCAUGUUUCCAAUUGAAUAUUUGAAGCAAAGAGAGCAGUUUAUCAGCUUGAGAAUCAUCCAGGCUCAGCAAGAGGUUUACAUUACGAAUCUCGUCUCGCGACUCAUUUCCUUGGAGCCCGACAUCAUUGUAGUCGGGGACUCCGUUUGUGGGUUGGCUGAAAAGUUGUUGGAAGAAGCUGGAAUCACUGUCUUGUCAAACGUCAAGCCGCAGGUCAUUGAGCGAAUCUCGCGGUACAGUCAAGCAGACAUAUUCCAAUCUGUGAAUGAUCUUUUUUUCAAAAAGGGCAACUUGGGCAAGUGUACCAAAUUCGAAGUCAGGAGAUUCAGAUACAAGGGUACCGUCAAAUCAUUUACUUUUUUUAGCGGGACACCAUUAUCGCAUGGCUUCACCAUCUGCUUGCGCGGUGGCAAUGACGAAGUGCUUAGCGGGGUGAAAUUUGCGGCGGAGACGUUGACCCCGGGCUAUUUCAAUGCUCGAUUCGAGAGAAGCUUUUUUGACAACAUGCUUCUCACUUUCGAUGCCUCUAAUGACUCCGAUGGCUCUAAUGGAUCCAAGAAGCUGGAAGAAAUAAACAAUUUGAUAAAUGAUUUACAGAGCAGCGAACUUUGGCAGUCGAUUGAACCGAAAUUAGAGGACGAAAUUAUUGCAUACAUUGACGCUUUGGGUAAGCGGAUGCUCUCCUUGUCUCCAUGCGUCGAGUUUCUGUUGCCUGUGCCCUUGACGAAUCUAAUCCGGUCCUACCACGAGUUUUACGACGCGUUUGCCAUCAAUCAAACGGUUCAGGCACUUUCGUCUUCAGAAGUGGAUAAUGCGCACGAUAUCUUGGGAAAAUUGAAUGCGCUACAUGUGCUUGAAUUUGAGUUACCGGGUAAAAACGUUGACUUGGUUCGCAUUUUGAAAUGUAUGAGUGACCACCGGUUGAAACUUUCCUUGAGCGAACUUCACUUGCGUGCUCGUAUAUGGGCAAACUCUUUGAAAUACACUUCUUACCAGCUACUACCUUUGUUCCACCGAAGCAUCUACUUGUUGCAUUCCACCGUGUCCAUUAAACAUGCAACUCCCUGUGCUGGCCCAAACAUUGUUGUUGUUGAUUACUACACGGAGAACGACAAGAGCUUGGGCUCCUUUUUGGACCAGGCUUUCAAAGAUAGCUCAAUUACUUGUGGCGAAUGCCAGGAGAAACUUCUUGAUCAUUAUAAAACCUAUGUGCAUGGUAACGCCAAGCUUGAUUUGAUUAUGGAAAAAUACGAUAUCCACUUGAACGAUGAAAGUGGUAAUUUUCAGGGCAAGAACCAGCGAGUCAUGUGGAGCUACUGCAAAGAGUGCAAUUAUGUCACUCCGAUUAUGGCCAUGAGUGCGGAGACAUAUUACUUGUCUAUUGGAAAGUUUUUUGAGUUGAAUUUCCAUGGGGAAAAUGUCAAGGGCCACUGUGGCCAUGAUUUUUUCCAAAACUAUGUAAAGUGUUUUGGCUUUAACGAGUUACUUAUCCGAAUGGAAUAUUCCAAAAUUGAUAAUUAUGAGAUUGUUGUGCCCAAAAAGCAGCUACAAUUUAUUGCCGAUAUUGACAUUAAAUUGAAAUUGGAUUCGUACAAGUCGAUUCGAAGCAGGGCUCAGAGGUUUUUUGACUCCAUCCUGAAGCGUUUAAAUAGGGUCAAGUUGGAUACGUUUGUCAAGGCGGAAGACGGAACAAAGAAGAUUAAAGAGUUGAAGGAAAAACUAGCCAGUGAUGUCCAGAUCAUUUAUUCCAAGCUAAACCAGAAAUAUGAGGAAAUCAAUGCCAAGAGCUACCUCGAGUUGAACGGGAUAUUUAGAGACUUGCAGAAGCUUGGUAUUCUUUGGGACAACGAGUUUAAUGAGUUUGAAAAAAACUAUUUGCCAAAUGAAAGCGAGGUUAAUAGGAUCACUCAGUUCCAUUUGAGAAAGUUUUUGAUGGACAAGUAUGAUAAGCAACCGGCUGAGAGUAGUAGCGAGGCAGCAACAGGUGUAGAUCAGAGCAACGAAAAUGAUGACAAUGUUCCUGCUGAAAGAGAAAAAGAAAUUGAAAUUGAGCAAGAGAAACAGGAGGAGCAAGCACUGCAGCCCUUGGAUAACGAAGAAGAUGAGUUGAAAGAAAAAAGUCCACGAAAACAAAUGCCACAAAGCAAAUCGGCACCCCACAUCCAAACAGUAACGAAACCAGUAGAUGAUGAAGCUGUUAAGAGUAACAAGGAGGAUGCAGACUUGCUCAAGCCUUUGCCUGAAAUUACAUCACGCAGGCCCUUGGAAUGGCAGGAAGAUCGAAGACGCUCAGAUCCGAACAUUGAGUUUAAAAUGUUUCUGGCCCCAUCACCGAUCCGCAAGCAGUCGUCAAACAUAUCUGAGAGAAUAAGCAAAUGGGAGCAAACCGCGUCCGAAAAUACGAAUCCGAACACAAAUACGAACACGAAUAUGAAUAUGAAUAUGAAUUUAAAUAGUUCUCCGCUUGCUGAACAGAAACACACUUUGAGUCAUCGAGGUUCAGACAGCUCGUUGCCUUCGAUCAACAACGUCAUCAUUCCGUCGCAAAACAAGGUGACCCAUUUGGCCAAUUUCUUUGACAAGAUGUAUUACGACCAGAUUUCGCUUGAGUUUUCCAAGCAACGAGAAUUUGAAAUGAAAAAAAGGAGCAGGAUCAAAGCUCAGCCGAUUAUGGACAGUAAACCAAUUGUUGAGAUUUAUAACAAGAUUGAAGAUGUCGUGGGAGGAUUGGGACCAUAUGACAAGAAAAAGAUUGUUGAACUUGAAUCGAAACAAGAUGAUCGGAAAAAGAAAAACUUGGAACCUGAACUGAAGAAACCAGGUGAUUCUCGAAAAAACUCGGGCCAAGAACCCAAGAAGGAUGAGAGCGGGUUGGAAGUUUCCGCAUUGAAGCAAGACGAUAGCGAGUCCGUCGAGUCAUCAUCUCAGCAAGUCACCAAACAAGUUGAUACUCCCGAAAAGCAAUCGCUUUUGAAAUCAUUGACCAAUUUCUGGGCCGACAGAUCGGCAACCUUGUGGGACCCCUUGGCGUACCCCUUGGAUAGACACGAGCAUACAUUUGCCGACAGUGACGUUAUUGUGCGUGAGGAUGAGCCUAGUUCUUUGGUGGCAUUUUGUUUGAGUUCAAACGACUACAAGCAAAAGAUGAAGAAUGUAUUUGAGGCUAGAACUCCGGCCGCUGCAACGAACGCCACUACCAACGCCACCACCACUGCCGCUGCUACCGCCGCCGCCGCCGCCGCUACCGCUACUGCUACUGCCCCAACCAUCACCACCACAAGUGCAAGUGCAAAUGGAAGCGUGUACGAUCCGCGAGAUGAGGAAGCUUCGAAAAAGGCCACUAAUGUUGGUGUUGGCCAAGGGCAGCAGUUGAAUAACGAUGAUGUUGCCCAGAGGAAAGUUGACGAGAUAAAAAGCAAAGUGGAAGAUGUAGAUAACAAGUUGAAUCACAUCAUUGAAGAGCAGCAGAAUGAAGAAGAUUCGGGUGUAGAGCUAUCCGAUGGCCAAGCCGAUAAUAAUAAAGGAAAGGAGAACGAGUACUCGAGCGACCAGGGCAACAAGGUCAAUGAUUUUGGGUUUGGACUCAAUUCCAGUUUGAACAAGAAGUAUGCCCAAUUUGCCAAGAUUGAAAAGAAAUUCAAGCAAAAGAACCCUCAGGUGAGCAACAAGGAGAGUCCUUUGGAAACAGUGUUGAACCAGAAAAAGACCAACCAUUUAAAGUAUCAGUUCAGUGAUGGCAACACCAAUUUGUCAUGCAAGAUUUUCUACAGCGAGCAGUUUCAUGCCUUGCGGAAAGCAUGUGGGGUUCAGGAUAGCUUUGUCCAGAGCUUGAGCCGGUGUAUCAAGUGGCAGUCGAGUGGAGGCAAGAGUGGCUCGAGUUUUUUAAAGACGUUGGAUAAUCGCUACAUUGUCAAGGAGUUGAGUAAAUCCGAGCUUGAGUCGUUUGUUUCCAUUGCCCCGUUCUAUUUCAAGUAUAUGGGCCAAUCGAUGUUUUACACUUUGACCACGGCCAUCGCCAAGAUAUUUGGGUUUUAUCAAGUUGAAGUCAAGAAUAGCACCACGGGAAAGUUAUUCAAGAUGGAUUUUCUCAUUAUGGAGAAUCUUUUUUACAACCACAAGACCACUCGGAUAUUUGAUUUGAAAGGGUCGAUGCGGAACAGGCAUGUUCAGCAAACAGGCAAGGAGAACGAGGUGUUGUUGGAUGAGAACAUGAUUGAGUAUAUUUACGAGUCGCCGGUGUUUGUAAAGGAGCACCUGAAGAAGCUCUUGCGUGGGUGUUUAUUCAAUGACACUAGUUUUCUUUCAGCGAUGGAUGUCAUGGAUUACAGUUUGGUGAUUGGCAUCGAUGACACGUCGAAAAAAUUGUACAUUGGUAUCAUUGAUUGGCUCAGGGCUUUCACGUGGGAUAAGAAGGUUGAAAAUUGGGUCAAGGGAAGCAAUUUGAUGAUUGGCGGAGGUAAGAAAGGCAAAGACCCUACUAUUGUUACUCCCAAGCAGUAUAGAAUCCGGUUUAGAGAAGCGAUGGAGAGGUAUAUUUUGGAAGUUCCUGAUAUAUGGUACGAAGGAAGAAAGUAA